AUUGAGUGCUCAGUUGUGAAAAGUUUGUUUGGCUUUAGAAGUGUCCGUGCUCUAGUUGUUUUUUUUUUUUUUUUUAGUAAAUUAUAGAAAUGUGCAAAAUUUAAAAUAUGUGAAAAAAAUGUGAAUACCUAAAGGAAGAGGAAGUCCUCUCUGCUGUUGAGCAGCGAAAGGGGAACCUGAGAAGGUCCUUGCUGUAUUUUGUGCGUGGUAUGAAUGUCGGCGCGUUUUUAUUUUGUGAAUAGAUUCUAGAUUAUUGGGGGCCCAAGACCCAUUUCCUUGGGUCUGCUGUGAUGGAGGUCCUCACUGUCUAUGCAUACCUGAUAAGGAGGUCCACUGAAAUGGACUUUACAGGAGCUGGAUCCGCUGAGAGGCCGGGAAUGAAUGCAGGAAAUACUGGAAUACUGAUUGAUGCAUUUUUCUAUAGCAGUGACGCCCAAAAAAAUUCCUUGAGGCGCUGUAAAGUGGAGGAAGUCGAGGCUUAAGGGUAAAAGGAACAGACUGUCAAAAUGGAGUGGGAUUGGGCUGUGGGCGGCAUUACGGAUGAGAUACCACGCACCACGGGACCCGAGUGCAUCAACUACAUGACCGAUCGACGCCGCUGGACCGAAACGGCGCUGCUCUCCGCCUUGUUCAUCUAUAUCAUGCACGGGAACUGGAAGCGUUUGGCGCCCAUACGAUUGCCGCCGGCACAUGAGAUACAGAAAUCGCACAGUCCGAUGCGACUAUUCCUGCUCAUCAGCAUGUCCUUUGUCUUUGGCAUUGAGAUGGGCUUCAAGCUGGCCGGAGGUUCGAUGAUAUUUGCUCUGAAUCCUUGCCAUGUGCAAACGUGUCUGCAGAUCUAUUUGCUGGCUGCCAAGCCCACAAAGACAACAACGGCCCUGUUUCGCAUACAGAUGAGCAAUUUGAAUGGACCAUUUCUGGCCUUUGUGUUUCCCGAGGUCGAGGGACGCACCUACCCGUUCGAGCAGGCCACCUAUUGGAUACAGCAUGCGCUGCUCUACAUCAUACCCAUUUACAUCUUGAGAAGUGGCGCCUACACAAUCGAGGACUUGGGCGACUUUAAGUGGGUCAAAAUCGGCACGGCCUUUAUGCUGUUCUAUCAUUUUUUGCUGCUCUCGCCACUAUCCAUCUUGACGGGCAUCAAUCUGGAUCAUAUGCUGUGCGCGGCCCUGUCGGAUCCGUUUCAGGGUCAAAACUACAGACUGUUCGCCUGUUGCCAUCAGGCGCUGCUCUGUCCGCUGCUCAGCAAAGGAACAGUUUUGCUGUUCGGCUCCGGGAAGAGCCGAUGCAAUGAGAAUGGCGUACACAAUAAUGUCGGUGGGGGUCGUGAGACGUAUACGCCACCGGGCUCGGAGCAUGUGCUGUAUCAUCAGCUGCCGCCACAGCAGGAGUAUGUUACAACGGAGACGAUGACGGGAGAGUAUACUAUGCCCACGACAAAGAUUGACUAGUAUAGCGCGAAUAUGGAGAACAGGCUAUGUCUAUGUCUAUUAUAACCGUCAAUUUAUUACACAAUUUGGUUGAGAUAGCCAAACUUAGGUUUGGUUUCUUGUAGAGCCCGUCAAAUUUUGUAGCUAGUUCCAUAGACCUGUUGCGAAUUAUAUAGUGUACAUAAUAUUCAAAAUAAGGCUAAAAAAGAUUUAUGCUCAUUGAGGUAAUACUUCAAACUAAUGAAACAGUUCGAAAAGGUUCUUGUUCAAUUAUAUGACUAUUUUACAUUUAAUUUUGGUGUAAAAUCAAAAGCAUACAA